AUGGGGGUGGGAGGGGGGGGGGGGGGGGGGGGGGGGUCCGGGAGCUCCAAAAAGCCGCUACUCCCCACACAUCAAACUUUCCCCGACUCUGACAGCAGCAACCCCCGUCACCCUCGGCUUUGCUUCAGCGGGAAUGAUUCCAAGUAUGCACAAUCAUCACACAAAGCCAAGUGCUGUUUGGGUUGGAACGCCGCUCCGCCGCUCAUACGUCCGUCAACGCGGACGCCUGCUCGCCGUGGCUUGGAAACCGCACAAGACGAGCCGCUUUCACAGCCGAGAGGCCGACGGACGCCGAUAUCGCUUUCAGGGCAAACAGGUUCACGUCAUGGCGGCAGUCUCAGUAGGGAAGUCCAGGCUUCCAGUUCCACCAGGAGGACACCAAGGUAUUCCCAGGCCAGCUGGGAGACAUCAUCCCUCCAGCAUGUCCAAGGCCCGCCUUCUCCCGACUGGGCAUGCCCAGAACAUCUCACCAGGGAGGCAUCCGGACGAGAUGCCCAAGCCACCUCAGCCCAUGAAGCCAUCCUGCCCCAGGUGGAGAUGUUCAAGUACCUUGGUGUCUUGUUGAAGAGCGAGGGAAGGAUGGAAGCCAUGUUAGCACCAUGUGACAUCUUCACCCCCACCCACCCCAAAAGAUCGAGAUGGGUCCGUGCGAUACCGCCACCCAACACGCCCGACACACGCCUCCUGGAUCCCAAAGACCACAGUAGCUCCGGGUGCUUCUAA